GCUAAGAACUGUUAAGGAGACAGGACCCCGUUUUCAUGUUGUAUGGAAACAAACACCUCCCGUUUUAGGGCGAUACGUAUAUGCGUUGAAUUAUUGUACAAUAUAAAGCUAAGUUUACAAUUCUUCGUGCGUCCUUACUUAUUCUUUGUUCCUGUGUUUUGGCCUGCAAGCUGACUGUCGCGUGCCUGAUCUAAUGUCUAGUGCUUGUCUGAGGUGGGCCCUGAGCCAUGCAUCUAGAGGUGUCUGUGGUGGAACUCUCAACUCCUGGAGAAUAGCCUCUGGGGCUGGGCUCCUAUCAUACAAUGGGAGAUGUGUGAGUGCAUCGUUGUCUUGGGGAUGGUGUCCACUGUCCACCACAGUGGAUGAAACUGAAGAGGGGCAGGUGCCUAAGAAGAAGCAGGAUCCCCGAGCUCGUGCCACCAUUGGCAGUAUUGGCCGGAAGAUCCACCAGCGCCACCUGCAGGUGAUCAAUGAGAAUGGCGAGAACAUGGGCACCAUGCAUCGAGCUGAUGUCCUCAGACUGAUGGACGAGAAUGGGCUUAAACUGGUCCCUCUCAACGAAAACAAAGAUCCACCCGUCUACCGUCUAAUGACUGGCAAACAGAUCCAUGAGGAGCAGCUCAAACUGCGUGAGAAACAGAAAGCCAAGACAGGCCCUGUGCAGGUAAAGGAGCUUACCGUUUCCUCUGACAUUGGUAACCAUGAUCUUCUAACCAAGCUGAGGCAGGUCCAGAGCUGGCUGGACAAGAAGCACCAUGUCAGAAUCACUCUGAGAACAGGGCGUGUGGAACAUACACAGCCACUGGACACAACUCUGGAGCAGAUGGUGCAACAGAUAGAGGGGCUGGUAGGAUUUGUUUCCAAACCCAAAGUAAUCCGAGACGGUAGAGCUGCCAUGUGCAUCCUGCGUCCACCCUCAGUGAAGGAACUCAGAGAAAUGAACAAAGGUGCAGCAGCGCCGGACACUGAUACCAGCUCCGAGCCCACCACAUCACCUGCUGUUCCCCAUACAGACCUCACACCAGACUCACAGCACUGAACUUAAAUACAAUCUAACUUAACAGUUGUGUGUGUGGAAACUUAUGAGCUCAAAAACGAAUGGAAAACUUAACUAGUGAAGGCCAUGUCAUAUCCAGUUUUUUUUUAUGAAGAGGGCGGUUGUACACAUAAACAGCAAUAUAUGCAAUAAACAUAGGAUGGGAUGAGGAACAGCACGACAUGUAAGGUUUAUGUACUGGCUACUCAAAGUUUAUGUUCAAAUAAAUGAACAUAUUCUAGCAUA